AGGCGGAGCUCGUCGCCGGUCUACAUAAGCGGCUCGGGGUGGGGGCCGUGGUUGUGCUCUACUGCUGACCUUCAAUCUCCUCCCGAGUCACUGCCCGUUACCGGCGAGCCAUGGCGUCGCGGAAGUUCUUCGUCGGGGGUAAUUGGAAGAUGAAUGGCGACAAGAAGUGCCUGGGGGAGCUCAUCACUUCGAUCAACGGGGCCAAGGUGCCCGCCAACACCGAAGUGGUAUGUGGAGCCCCUUCCAUCUACCUUGACUUUGUUCGUCAGAAAUUGGAUGCAAAAAUUGGCGUAGCUGCUCAGAACUGCUACAAAGUGGCCAAGGGUGCAUUUACUGGGGAGAUCAGCCCGGCCAUGAUUAAGGACUGUGGGGCCAACUGGGUGAUCCUGGGACACUCUGAAAGAAGACAUAUCUUUGGGGAGUCUGAUGAGCUCAUUGGACAGAAGGUAGCCCAUGCUCUGUCAGAAGGCCUGGGAGUGAUCGCUUGUAUUGGUGAGAAGUUGGAUGAGAGGGAAGCUGGAAUCACUGAGAAGGUGGUUUUUGACCAGACUAAGGCCAUUGCAGAUAACGUGAAGGACUGGAGCAAAGUCGUCCUAGCCUAUGAACCAGUCUGGGCUAUUGGUACUGGCAAGACAGCCACACCCCAGCAGGCCCAGGAGGUACAUGAGAAGCUUCGAUGCUGGCUUAAGACCCAUGUCUCAGAAUCUGUAUCACAGUCUACCAGGAUCAUUUAUGGAGGCUCUGUGACGGGGGCCAACUGUAAGGAUCUGGCAUGCCAGGCUGAUGUAGAUGGCUUCCUGGUGGGUGGAGCUUCCCUUAAGCCUGAAUUCUUGGACAUCAUCCAAGCCAAAAACUGAGCUCUCCGUGCUGUCCUCUCACUCCCUCACUUAUAGAGCUGAGACUAGACUCCACAAGUCUGGUUUACCCCUCCCCCUCUCAUUCGAUUGUGAUGUGGAUUCCCCUCCCCCCACGGUCCCAUUCAAGCUACCCCUUUCUCCAUCGGGUAGAUUGUGUCCACCAGUUCUCAGCUCCUCAGCCCUUCCUCCAAUGGACCAGGCCUUUCUCCAUUUACUGUAAAUUUGAAGGAAGCA